GCCUUCUGGAACCGAGGAAUUGGACGUCAAAACGGCGUUGUGAAUCCUUUAAAGAGAUUAUUAUCAACACUUAAUUAAGAGAUAUCACUUCUACUCGCUAAAAAUGGCAGAGACAGAUGUAGAUAAUGAACUACUGGACUAUGAAGACGAUGAGGUGGACAACCAGGCUGGAGUGGAUGCUCCUGACAUAACUGUCAAAAAGGAAAUGAAGGGAUCAUAUGUAUCCAUUCAUAGCUCUGGUUUUAGAGACUUUUUGCUCAAGCCUGAGCUGCUUCGUGCCAUUGUAGAUUGUGGCUUUGAACAUCCAUCAGAAGUACAACAUGAAUGCAUACCCCAAGCAAUUCUUGGUAUGGAUAUUUUAUGUCAAGCAAAGUCUGGCAUGGGAAAAACAGCAGUUUUUGUGUUAGCCACAUUGCAACAGCUGGAACCUGUUACUGGGCAGGUCUCUGUAUUAGUCAUGUGUCACACAAGAGAGUUGGCUUUUCAAAUCAGUAAGGAGUAUGAGAGAUUCUCCAAAUAUAUGCCUUCUGUUAAGGUGGCAGUAUUUUUUGGGGGGCUUGCUAUUAAGAAAGAUGAGGAGGUUCUGAAAAAGAGCUGUCCCCACAUUGUGGUGGGAACACCAGGGCGAAUGCUGGCGCUUGCAAGAAACAAGACUCUGAAUCUGAAACACAUCAAACAUUUCAUCCUUGAUGAGUGUGACAAGAUGUUAGAACAGCUAGACAUGCGCAGAGAUGUACAGGAAAUUUUCCGCAUGACACCACAUGAGAAGCAGGUUAUGAUGUUCAGUGCCACACUGAGCAAGGAGAUUCGCCCGGUUUGCCGCAAAUUUAUGCAAGAUCCAAUGGAAAUCUUCGUGGAUGAUGAAACAAAGUUGACACUUCAUGGACUGCAGCAGUAUUACGUCAAACUGAAGGACAACGAGAAAAAUCGUAAGCUGUUCGACCUUUUGGAUCUCUUGGAGUUCAACCAGGUGGUGAUCUUUGUGAAAUCAGUCCAGCGCUGCAUCGCACUUGCUCAGCUACUAGUGGAACAGAACUUCCCAGCCAUAGCGAUUCACCGUGGCAUGUCACAAGAGGAAAGGCUCUCACGCUAUCAACAAUUUAAGGAUUUCCAGAGGCGAAUUUUAGUUGCUACAAACCUGUUUGGCCGUGGAAUGGACAUUGAGAGGGUUAACAUUGCUUUCAACUAUGAUAUGCCAGAGGACUCUGAUACGUACCUGCACAGGGUGGCUCGAGCUGGCAGAUUUGGUACAAAAGGUUUGGCUAUUACAUUUGUCUCUGAUGAGGGGGAUGCUAAAAUUCUAAAUGAAGUUCAAGAUCGUUUUGAAGUUAACAUCAGUGAGCUGCCUGAUGAAAUUGAUAUCUCCUCGUACAUUGAACAGACACGGUGAACCUGAAUCUAUUCUGCUUCCUGCGUGCUGCUUCCCUCUGCAUUGGUUUUCUUCUAAGCGUGGGAAAAGGAACUCACCAGCCAAAAUGUCACCGAAAGAGCCUGGAAGACUUUCUUCAUCCAGCCCACAUCUGUGUAUUGUACAUUGAACACAGCAGCACACGUCUUUAAAUUCCCUUUAAGGGUCCUGCAGACUACUGCAACAGUGGUUAAAAUAACAUAGUAGAAACUUCCAGAACCCAUAUAAUCUAGUUCCAUUUCUGUUGGUAUUAAUAAAGGAGCAGUGCUCUGUGGGUUUCUGGUAUAGUGUUGUAUUUGAUUAGUUUUAUACCGUAUCCAGUGAGGAUCAACUUUUGUUUAGUAACACUGCUGUGACCGGUGCUGUCACUGACUUGUAUUUUGUGAAUUUAUGACAAGAACAUGUCACAAAAAAAUAAAAGUUACUACAGA